UAGUUAGUUUUAUAUUCAAAGGUAAUACGCGUUUGAGAAGUUGGCCAUCCUGCGCACAGCUGUUUCUGAAGUUGAAUCAAAUAAUAAACACUGAUUCAUUGGUGAUUUAAUCAUAAUAAAUGCUAUUUAAAUUGGAAAAGUAUCGCAAUGGAUGUUCCGAAAGAGCCAAAUUUUCAUCUGCUAAGCGCUCCAGAGUUUGUGCCUGAAAAAUACGUGCGAACCAUUUCCCACAACUAUGUGGGCGGUUCUGAGCUGAAGAACCUAAAAAAGAGAAUCCAGGCCCUGUCCGACGAGACCAACAACAGUUUGAAGAAGAAUGUGUACCAAAACUACGUGCAGUUCAUUGAUACGGGCAAAGAAAUAUCCCACUUGGAAAGCGAAAUGUACCAGUUGUCGCAUUUGCUUUCUGAACAAAAGUCUCUACUCAGUGCCCUUUCGGCGACCUCAAUUCUCGAAGAUCGCACGCAAGUUAACUUCGAAAGAAACCCGAAACUCGAUGAGCACGAAAUCGAAGAGGAGAACAAGCUGAAACUGGCAACGAUUCUGGAGAAAGUGGAAGGUUGCAAGGAGAUAGUCGAAGCGAAUGAUCGAGUGUUCAUUUUUGAGGGCGAUUUGCUGGAGAUCGACGCUACUGAAAACACAGCGAUCAAAUUCGUUCAUAUGUACUUGUUCAAUGAUGGUCUGAUGGUUACGAACAGGAACUCAAAUAGUAGAGGGUUGAUGCGGUAUGCGUUCGAAAGUCUAUACGAACUGAGCAGUUUGGCAGUGGUGAAUGUUCGUGAUUUGGGAAACAUUAAGCAUGCUUUCAAGCUGUUAAUAUUUCCAGACACCAGAGUAUUUCAGUGCUCUUCAAAUGCUAGUAAGAAAGAGUGGUUGGAUAAAAUCGACCAGGCGAAGAAAUUAAGGCUGGCUACCGAGCAACAAAAAAAGGACCAAACUGUGGAAAAACCUUCACCGGUGAGGGCAGUUUCCAUGGAUUUAAGUGCAAGCAAGCCUGAAGAAGUGGCUGUAGUGCACCCUGAAUGGCUGCUGGACAUUCCUGAUGAACUGGAUGUUUGCGUGGCACAGCGCCAAUUUGAAGACGCUGUGAAUUAUCUGCGAAAGGCGCAAAACUACAUAUGCAAGUUCAAUGCCAAACACUCCGCUCCUGAUGCAGUGAUUUUGAAUAUCCAGGAAAAAGUGGAGCUGAAGCAGAACAACCUAAUCGACAUUCUGAUGAACGAGUUGGAAGUUAAUCCGAAAAAAUCGUUCCAAGGCGGCUUGCGAGCAACGAGAACUGCGGUCAGGCUGCUCAAUGACUUGGGGCGGUCCACUCAAUGCUGCGACUUAUUCCUCAAGCUCUGCAGUACCAUGCUGAAAAACCAGGCAAAGAAACUGAAACGGGAGACCUCGACAAUCACCUACAUUCGCUACUUUACCAGUGCUACUUUUACAAACAUGUGCUACAUGAUUGAAGAGUUUCUGCGAGCUUUCCCCGACUUGCCUUACUGCGUAUCGGCUUAUGUGGCUUGGGCGCAUGGACAUCUUACAAUAAUCACCAAUCAUUUCUGGACUCAAGUGUUUGUCACUAAAGCCACACUAUCCACGAUCACCGAAUGUGUGCAGUUGAUAAGGGCGCAGUGCGAACGCCUGUGUGAAUAUGGAAUCGACUUCCGCUACAAGCUGGAUGGGCAAUUAAGAAAAUUCAUCAAUACGGCCCUAAACGAGCACAGAGACAAGUUCAUUGACUCGAUUAAAUUGAGGGCCAAUGAGGAUAAGUGGAUUCCGAUGAAUUUCAAAACAAAGGGGGCCUUAACUAGAUGUUUGCAAGAACAUGAAAAAAUGGGCCUAAAACUCGAUUCCUAUGUGAGUGGCGACGUCUGGCUCCAACUGACUUCCAGCAAUAUCGCCUUUACGAAGUUGUUUCUGGUCUUUCUCGACAAUUGUCUGAACUUGCAAACCACCGAGCUUCUGGAGCCCAUCAACGAUUCGCUCUGUAGCGUGUUUGAAGCCCAGGUGGCCUACAACAAGCAAGCGUUGACUUUCCAACCCGAGCAGAACCUAUUCGUGUUGAAAAACAUCGGAUUUCUCCUACUGGUUUUGGUCGAGCUGACCCAGAGGAAAUACAAGGAGUCAAUUGGAUUCGAAUGUGAGCCUUUAAACAAACUUGUUAAUGAGAAUUCUGCUUUAUUAAAGGACCUAGCUAGUCGUAAUACUAAAACAAAGUACUCCUCUGAUUUUUUGUGAGGAGUAUCUAAUUAAGCGAAAUACAUGUAGGAGUGCAAUAAUGGGAGAUAUUCAUUUAUAACGAAGCGAAAAUAAUAAGCUAGUUUCUAUCACUUAGCAUACUUUUAUCACAGUAGAUGCAUCCCUAAAUUUAGAUGAAACAAUACAAAACAAAAACAAUGAAACAGCGAAAAAUAAAUGAUUUAAUUAAUGGAGUAAAACUUAAAAAAAUAACGAACUAACUAACUUUCAGCAUCCUAUUUUAUAUCAAUCAGUCUUUCAAGCGAUACUUUUUCCAUCCAAUGUCUCAAUGUGAUUUAACUGUAAUCAUUUUCAAGUCAAAUCAAAUAGACGUUGGGAUACUCUGA